AUGCAUGUGCAAGGAACCAUGGCUAUAUCUCCCCUGCUCUUUCUCCUUGGAGUUCUCUUCUCUCGAGUAGCCGCCUCUGAUAUCUCUACUCUUCUCUCCACCCUUUCCUCAUCCACAGAGGUUUAUUAUCCUAGCGAUGCCAAUUGGACCAACACCGUCCAGCGAUGGACCGCUUGGGAGGAACCCACCUUCUCUCUGGCCAUUAAGCCUGCCUCCGUUGCUGAUUUGCAGGCGGUGGUCAAAUAUUCUUCCAAUCAUAAUGUCCCCUUUUUGGCCAGUGGUGGAGGCCAUGGAUACAGUACCUCUUUCGGGGCUCUUCAAGAUGGUCUCAAGAUUGACCUGGGCAUGUUCAAUAGUGUCGCUAUCGAUACAAAUCAGAACACUAUGACCAUCGGUGGCUCUGCUAAAUUCUCCCAAGUGGUUGGACCUCUCUUCAAAGCAGGAAAAGAGAUUCAAAUUGGCUCCUGCCCUUGCGUGGGGAUGGUGGGUGCUACCCUUGGAGGUGGUGUUGGUAGAUACCAAGGCCUUCACGGCCUCAUUCUCGAUGCUUUGAAAUCGGUCCAGCUCGUCACCCCUACUGGCGAUCUCAUCACCGUCUCCGCUUCGCAUAACGAAGACCUCUUCUGGGGCCUUCGUGGUGCUGGGUUCAACUAUGGCAUCGUCACCUCGGCCACAUAUGAAGUUUACGACCUGACGAACGACGGCAAUGUAUUCCACGCCGACUUCAUGUUUCCUGCCAGCCUCAACGAAACCUUUUUCAACAUUCUGGCCAGUUAUAUAACCUUGCCGGCCGAUCUGUCCUUGUAUGCUUUGGCCAUGAAUUACCCUUCCGUAGGACCCGUUAUCCUCUUCAAUGCCGUCUACCCCGGUUCCAAGCAAGAAGGGCUCAAUCUAAUUGCCCCCUUUCUCGACCUGACCUAUAUUCAACGCAACAUCUCCAUGAUCAACUGGGAUGCAAUCAACGAAGCUGCCGGGUUUGGACUCGUCACAGAAUUUUGCGCCAAGGGCCAAAAGCACGAUAUGUGGGCCGCUGGCGUACGCUCAAUUGACGCAACGACACACAUCAAUUUCUUCGACAAGCUCGUCCAAUUUUGGAAUGACUAUCCCUCUGCCUCGGGAAGUGCCUGGCAGGUGGAGUUCUUUCCCAUCCAGGCCGUCACUGCUAUUGCAGGUGACUCCACUGCCUAUCCCCAUCGCCAAAUCAGUGCUCAUGAAAUGUUUACAUUUAGCUUUACCGAUAGCUCCAUCGGCGAUAAGGUAGACGACUUUGGCCUUUCCGCGGUUAAGGCCUUCAACGCUACCAGCGGAUUUGAUGAUCUGCACAUCUACGUCAGCUAUGCCCAUGGCACCGAGGGACUAAAUGCUAUGUAUGGUGCUGAAAAGCUGCCUCGGUUAUUAAAUCUGAAGAAGAAGUGGGAUCCCAAGGGUCUGUUCAGCUAUAAUAAUGGAUUGCCUCACUAA